CGCUGCCUUAGCUAUUAUAAUCGUUUCAUGGGACCAGCUGUUGGAGGUGUAGGAAACUCACAUAGCAAUCGUAAUGAAGACGCGUACUUUAAUGAACAGAGCAUCAAUCAGUUUCGCAAAAUCAACAAAGACGGAUGCAUAGUAAAGACGCCAACGGAUUGGAGAGAAUAUGAAAGGUGCUUAAAUGGUGGCAAUACCUGUUCUGAAUCCACCUACCGCAACAAACAUAAGAUACUGCAAGAGGAAGCAUUCUUCCUAACCGAGCAAAAUGAAUGCAAAAAGUCCAUGACGAAGAAAAAGUUGGAGAAGUUGCGAGAAUCACAUUGUAAUGAAGGUGAUGCUUUAAGCGCCGAUGAUGAUUCCAAAGAUAAACUAUCAUAACCUCCAUAAAUGAAAACUAUUAAAAAUACAUACAAUAUAAUAUUAAAUAUAUGUAUAUGUAUUAAAUUUAAUACACAACAAAAUUAAAUUUAAUGCAUAUAUAUAAUUUGAUAUAAGUAUUGUGUGUUUUUAAUGACGAAGAAGCGAUGGGUUUGGAGUUUGUUCGUUCCAAAUUAUAUGUCCACAAGAAAAGUUGUUGUAAUAUAUAUAUUCAUGAAUGUAUAUAUAUAUAUGUAUAUAUAUAUAUAUAUAUUUGAUGGUCAUUAUACAUAUGAAUUAAAUCCAAUGGAAUGGAAUUUAGUUGUUACAAAAUUACUGUCUAUUUAAAAUGUCCUGUUUUUGAAAUGUAUUUACAUAUAUACCAU